AUGUCAUCUUCUUCAGAUAUAACAGAUGAAGAUCCAUUAGGACCACCAAAAAACACUCAGCAUUUAGAUUUAUCUAAAUUAUCUCCACAAGAGUUAAAAAUUUAUAAAAUGUAUGGUAAAUUACCAACAACGCAACAAAUUCUAACUUCAAAAUUUCAAGAUAAGAAAUAUUUCGAUAGUGGAGAUUAUGCAAUGCAAAAACAACAAGGAGGGAAUCGAAAUAUAACUCCCGGUAAUAUACCAAUGAGACAUCCAAAUGCUGAAAGAAUGAAAGAAAUGAGUAAUCGUAAUUCAAUUAGUGCUGCUAAUGCUCAAGUUUUUGCUAAUGGUAAACUGAGUUUAUUACAUGAAGCUACAAUUAAUAAAUUAAAUGAAGGUGGUAAAUUACAAGAUGAAGUUGAUGAAAAGAAAUAG